ACUAGAAAUAUUGGAACUACCACAAUGGAAACUCUGGAUGAACAGGGAGAGCAACUCGACCGGAUUGAGGAGGGAUUGGAUCAAAUCAAUGAGGACGUUCGACAUGCUGAGAAAAAUCUCACAGAGAUGGAAAAGUGUUGUGGCCUGUGUCUGUGUCCAUGUAAACGAACGAAGAAUAUCGAGAAGACAGUUGAAUAUCAGAAGACGUUUGCAGAUGGGAACCGAGACGGAGUAAUCACUGAACAACCAGGUUUUGGCACAGCCAGGAGAACCGGAGGGAAUACAGAGUAUUCGGGAUACAUUACGAGAGUGACCAAUGAUGCAAGGGAGGACGAGAUGGAUGAGAACAUUGGGCAGGUUGUUCGAAUUGUUGAAGACUUGAAGGGAAUCGCCAUCGAUAUGGGGACGGAGGUGGACAAGCAGAACUCUCAACUUGAAAUCAUCAAUAAAAAGGCUGAUCUGACCGAGGGCAGAGUGCGAAUGGCAGACCAGCGAACAAAGGGUCUUCUCAAUUCGUAACCAUUUUACAACACAGAAGGUUCAGACAUAAUUAAUUAAGAAGACUAUUAUUUUAGCAAUGAUCCUAUUAUAUGCAUAUUUAGAUCAUAGAAACUUGUACAUAUUUAAAUAUAAGCCAGUUGUAGGUUAGAAUUCUAGGUGUAAACAGAAACUGAAAUUUUGCUGCAAACAAGGACAUUGAUGAAAAGUUAAGAUCGAAAUGCAGCUCAGAUGUCGAAUGAUGAAUAUCGUAGAAGAAAUUUUUAU